GCGGCAGGUGAACGGGGAGGGACCUUAAAGCUCAGGGGCGGCGGGGCUGGAAGCGGCUGUUCCUGAGGCACUGGCGGACCACCAUUGAGCCCUACUACCCGCGUGUGGUGACUGGUUCGGGAGCUCCCGGCGGGGCUGAUCCCCUUCUGCUGCUGUGGCAGAGCUUUGGAAGCACGUUAUGUGAAGUACCCGACCAGCUAAAGCACCCAAGCAAAAUCAAGCCUUCCGCAAUUACAGGUAAUUUGCGACACGCCUACAGAUGUUAAAGAGAGCUGCAUGAAGGUCAGACCAUUACAACAAGACAAUGGAUUGGGGAGCCCUGCAUACCAUUUUAGGAGGUGUAAAUAAACACUCCACCAGCAUUGGGAAGAUCUGGCUCACAGUCCUGUUCAUCUUCCGUAUCAUGAUCCUGGUUGUGGCUGCAGAGAGAGUCUGGGGAGAUGAGCAAGACGACUUUGUCUGCAAUACUCUGCAACCUGGUUGCAAAAAUGUUUGCUAUGAUCACUUUUUCCCUAUUUCUCACAUCAGACUCUGGGCCCUGCAGCUGAUCUUCGUUUCCACACCUGCGCUGCUAGUGGCCAUGCAUGUAGCUUACAGGAGGCACGAGAAGAAGAGGCAGUUCAGAAAGGGAGACCAGAAAUGUGAAUACAAGGACAUUGAAGAGAUCAGAAGACAGAGGUUUCGUAUUGAGGGCUCCUUGUGGUGGACAUACACCAGCAGCAUCUUCUUCAGGCUGGUCUUUGAGGCAGUCUUCAUGUAUGCAUUUUAUUUCAUGUACGAUGGGUUCCGCAUGCCUCGCUUAAUGAAGUGUAAUGCGUGGCCCUGCCCUAACACAGUGGACUGCUUUGUUUCUCGACCUACUGAAAAGACGGUGUUUACUAUUUUCAUGAUUGCUGUGUCCAGCAUUUGCAUUCUUUUAAAUGUGGCUGAAUUAUGUUACUUACUGACAAAAUUUUUCCUCAGAAAGUCUAAAAAAGCUGGAAAUAACAAGCAUCACUCCAACCAUGAGAAUAAGGAAGAAACCAAACAAAAUGAAAUGAAUGAGUUAAUAUCUGAUAGCUGUCAGAACACAGUUAUAGGAUUUACAAGUAGCUAAGGUUGUGUCAAUACUGAUGUUCACUCUUUUUGGAGUGAAUCUUUAAAGGCUGCAAAUCAAAUUUAAUAAAACAAUUUAAGUUGGCGGAGACAAAGUGAUAUAUAUAUAUAUAUAUAUAUAUAUAUAUAUAGCAUCAGAUGUCAAGUAUGCACAUCUGAAAAGAGUCAGUGCAGCCUACACAUGUGAAAAUUACGUGAGGAUUAAAUAGGAAAGUAUAUCUUCCUGUGAGUAUCCUUACAAGCUGACUAUGACAAGUGAGAAAUCCACCAAUACUUUCAUGCUGACACAGCUCCUAAAACUAAAUGCAACAGCAAUAAAAACAAAAUUCCUUCUAAGCUAGAUAUGCUAGUAUUACAAGUUGUUUUGUAAUAGUGAUAGUUUUUACUUGUGAACUGAUAAUUAAAAUAUUUUUCUAAAAUCUAAGAUUCCAUGUUGCUUAAGGUAUUUUAGUAUACAACUGUUUUGUUUCUUAACCAGGCAUAUGCUGAUGAAUCCUCUAAUACCAUAUUUGUAGGGAGGAGGCAGUGGCAGGAUACAUCUUCACAGCUUUGCAAGCACUGCUUGAGCCUGGAAAUUGAGCUUUAGAUGCUUCCAUACACACUGCUUGCUGGCUGUAGGGGAAGCUGUGUUGAAAGCUCACCACAUGUAAUGUGGAUAACUGAGGUAGCUAGGUUCUGGGUGCAAUCUCAUGCCUAAAGCCAGCAUGACAAUGUAGAUAAAGCCUAUUUUCCUUAAACAUCUAGCACACUGGUAAACUUGCUGAUAUUUUAAUUGCUUACUACGGUUUUAUAGCAACAUACCUAAUUUUACAUAAAUGUUUAUUUCUCUAAUGUAUCAGCUGUAUUUGUUUCUUCAAGCUAUAUCACAUCAUGUAACUGGCUUUGCUUUUUUUGUUUGUUUUGUUUUUGUGCAAGACUGAUGGUGCUGUUAAGAAAUUAGGGGCUUUUUGUUUUGAAGGACAUGGAGAAGUAUCACUGGAAAUGGAACAAAUCUUCUGAAUAAAAGGCAAACACUUUAAUCUUU